AUGGCACUUCCAAAUGAUAACUUUAAUGCUGCAAGUGGUACACCUUCUUCUCCACCACAACAAUUCCAACAAACGGGAAACUUUCAAUUAGGUCCGCCCGCUGGCCCACCACCAUCCGAUUCUCCACUUGGCCCACCACUUGGUCCUCCACCAUCAGAUGUCAAUGGGCUUGCAGAACAAAAACAGCAGUUCUAUCCAUCACCGUCAAUGCCGCCACAAACUAACGUAAUACAUGUAGUUUCUCCACAGACGCAACCUCUUGGUGAAAAACAGGAAAAUCAGCAGACACUGCAGAAUGUUCCAGUUUUGCAUCAACCAUUCUUCUAUAACGGACAACCCACUAUGAAAACAUAUUAUUUAAUGUGGUUCUUCCUUGUUAGUUUGUUUGCGACUAUGAUUGAACGAUUAGAUACAACGGCAAUAGCGUAUAUUGCUAAACUACGUGAUUUUAUAGCAUAG